CACCGGUUUAUCAUCACGGUCACAGUCCCAAAAAACCCUAAAUUACCUCGUUUUGCACCGGGUCUCUUUUAACUCCAAAAAGAGGAGAACAGAACACACAUCAAAGCAUUUGAAGAGGCCGACGCAGUGAAUGCACUGCAGCGGUGCAGCCAUGCGUCGAGGGGGGCGGAGCCAGAUGUCGGGAGGAGAGGAGGAGACGUCAUGUUGAGGAAGUAAUAGCGCUCUCUUCCAGGCGAGAAAGAAAACGCAUUUUGGAACAAAUAGUCUGACAGACAUCAACAACACGGAAUGGCCUCUGCUAACACGUCCUGGUCAGAAGAGAACUUUUCAUGUUCCAUCUGUCUGGAUGUGUUCAACAAUCCAGUCACCACUGCAUGUGGACACAACUUCUGCAGAACCUGUAUUACAAAGUUCUGGGAUGAACAAGUCAAGUACAAAUGUCCUGUCUGCGUGAAGGUUUUCGACACAAAACCUGAUCUACAGGUCAAUCUCCUCUUAUCAGACAUGGCUUCUCAGUUUAGAACCUCCGUACGAGUAAAAGAGCAGCCUUGUGUUGAACCAGCUGACGUUCCAUGUGACUUCUGUACUGGGACCCAGCUGAAGGCCGUGAAGUCCUGCCGAGGUGGUCUUAUCUCUUACUGCCAAACCCACCUGGAGCCACAUCAGAGAAUAGCAGGCCUGAAGAAACAUCGGCUGGUCGAGCCUAUGGACCGUCUGGAAGACAGGAUGUGUAAGAUACACAAUCAACUACUGGAGCUCUUCUGCAAGACUGAUCAGGUGUGUGUGUGUCAGUCCUGCACAGAGACAGACCACAAGUCCCAUCCUGUUGUACCUCUAAAGGAGGAAUAUGAAGUGAAGACGGCCCAGCUGGGGAAGAUGGAGGCUGAUGUUCCGCAGAUGAUCCAGGAGAGAAAACUAAGGAUUAAGAAGCUAAAAGACACAGUAGAAAUGAGCAAGAAAGUUGCAGACAGAGAGCUAGCUGAUGGUGUGCAGGUCCACACUGCUCUGAUGGGCUGUGUUGAGAAGUGCCGGGAUGAAUUCAACCAAACGGUUAUAGAGAGACUGAAAUCCACAGUGAAACGAGUUGAAGACCUCAUCAAAGAGCUGGAGCAGGAAAUAGAAGAUCUGACCAAUAGAGGCUCAGGGGUGAAGCAGCUCUCACACACUGAAGACCACCUCCACUUCCUCCAGGACCUCAGAUCCCUGAAGGAUCCUCCACCCACCAGGGACUGGACCCACGGUGGAGGUCCGUCCUCCGUCAUACGUAGGGACCUUGAGGAGAUCCCUGGAUCAGCUGGAGGACACUGAACAUGGAGACGGAGAAGAUGCGUGAUGCUGAACUGAAGAGGGUCCAGCAGUAUGAAGUAGAUGUGACUCUGGAUCCUGAUACAGCUUAUCCCUGGCUCACCCUCUCUGAGGAUGGGAAACAAGCAAAAAUUGGAAGUGCGAAGGAACUCCCAGACAACCCUAAGAGAUUUACUGAAUAUACAUAUGUUCUUACGAGGCAGAGCAGGGAGAUUUUACUUUGAGGUCCAGGUUAAAGACAACAAUAACUGGCGUUUAGGAGUGGCCAGAGAGUCCAUCAACAGAAAAGGCAAGAUCACAGUAAACCCUGUGAAGUCUUACUGGAUUCUUUACUACAACUAUAAAGGGUUGUUUGCUAGCCCUGCUGUCCGUCUCCCUCUGAGAGCUAAGCUCCAGAAGGUGGGGGUGUUUGUUGAUUAUGAUGAGGGUCUGGUCUCCUUCUAUGAUGUUAAAGCCAGGGUUCAUAUCUACUCUGCUACUGGCUGCAGCUUUACUGAGCCUCUCUAUCCAUUCCUCGGUGGCCACUCUGCCUCCCUGAUCAUCUCACCUGUCAAUCAAACAGACUAGGACCUUUUGUUUGAUAAUCAAAUAAUCAGACGACUCAAACAACUAAGGUUGUUUCCUGAAUUAGAAUCUGUACCAUGUGAGAUCUGAGAGAACUGCAUUGAUGUUGUACUGUUGUCAUUUAACGAGGAUAAGUUCUUUAAGAAUCUAACCCCAGUUGUUGAAUGUAACCAAUUAUAAAGGGUUAGAUUACACUCUAUCGUCUGUUUUCCUCUGAUUUUUUUUAUAUGUUUAAGGCUAUUGUUAACAGUUGCAGUUAUGUGUAACAUUU